AUGUUCCCGGCGCCACCGCCGCCGCCGCCGCCGCCGCCCCCGGUCGGCCGGUCCUCCAGCCCACCGCCGCCUCCCCCUCCUCCGCCUCCUCCUCCUCCUCCUCCGCCGCCGUCCGAUGCUCCGGCCAGCGAGGCGGACCUGGCCGGCUGCAGCAAGGAGGAGCUGGUGCGCCGCUUGCGCCGGGAGGAGGCCGAGAAGCUGGCGGCGCUGGUGCAACGCGGCCGGCUGAUCCAGGGCGUGAACCGGCAGCUGCAGGAGCACCUGCGCGAGAUCCGCGAGCUGAAAGCCGUCAACGGGCGGCUGCAGGCGGAGAACCGCGAGCUGCGCGACCUCUGUUGCUUCCUGGACGAGGACCGGCUGAAAGCCAAGCGCCUGGCCCGGCACUGGCAGCUCUUCGGGCACCACGCAGCGCAAGUCCUGCGCGACGAAGUGGCCGGCUGCCUGCGCAAGCUGGCCGGCUUGGAAGGGCUGCAGGAGCGGCUGGCGCAGGACAACCUGGAGCUGAAGGAGCUCUGCUUGGCGCUGGAGGAUUGCGCCGCCGCCGCCGCCACCGCCGCCGCCGCCGCCGCCCGCCCCGAUGCCAGCCCCAGCCCGGGCGGAGGCUCGUCGGAGCUCAGCCUGCCUUGCGGACCCCGCGAUCUGGGCGACGGCAGCUCCAGCACGGGCAGCGUGGGCAGCCCCGACCAGCCGCACCCCGCUUGCUCGCCCGACGAGUGAGGAGGAGGAGGAGGAUGCUGCACCGGACGGACAGCAGCCUGGAGCGUGGGAACCCCGCGGAGAGGAAGAAGGGAGGCAGGGAAAGGAUGGAAGGCAGGCAGGAAGGCGAGGCAAGCCAACCCCCGCUUUCCCGGUAUUUAACCAGGAUCCCAAGGCUGGGCUGGCCAGAGUUGCCGCACAAACGCAGCCAGCUUCUGGAUCACACAGGACUCCGCAGCGGGGAUUUUAAAUUUAGAAGGCUUGUUUGGGAAGGCUGGCACGGCAGGCUGCUUACCUCCACGGGGUUCUGAUUUUACAUCGCCCCCCCCCCCCCCACAAAAAAGGGAUCUCUUCUGGGGAUAGUUCGAACCCGCCACCACGCUUGGAUGGGUCAGGCCAGGUGCCGGAAAAGCUCCUUUGAGGGCAGCUGGACAGGAACAGCAGGAUGGUCCAAGAAGCAAACAUCAUGGCCUCCUUCUCAAAUAGGAUGAGGACUUUUUGUGGCUAAACUCCCCCUUGUUUCCACCCACCCCCCUUGAGUGAGAGUAGCAAGGUUUGGGGGUCUCACAGGAGUAUUUCAAAAGGCACCCCUUGGUCUGCUUCAGCCAGAUGGGAAACACAAAAGGCCGUUGGGAUUGUGAGUUUUCUUUGCACGACUUUCCGACUUCCUCGCAUCCAGAUCGGAAAAUUCUCAGCAUGUCCUCGGGGACGGCCUACCCUGCAGGGCGGUUGUUGGGCAAAGGCGAAAGGAAAGAGGAGAAAUCUGCCUGCACGCUUGAUUUUCCUGCGGG